AUGGUGGACGCUGCGACAAGACUCACCGUUGGAGACAUCCUGCUGCUCAUCCUCGGCAUCCUUCUGCCGCCACUGCCCGUCCUCAUCAAGCGAGGUUGCGGCUGCCAGUUCCUUUUGAACAUCCUUCUCUGUAUCAUAGGCCUCUGGAUCGGCGGUGUUAUACACGCCUGGUACAUUGUAUGCUCGACCUAUGGCGAGGCCCUCUAG